CGACAAAGCCAGGUUCCAUAGCAGUACGAAUGAUUCCUUCGAUCUACGGAGUUUGGAUAGCUGAAGUUAUUGGAGAUGGCAUUUACUGUUGGAACGAAAAGUAAUCACUCUCUCGUUGUCUCAUCUGGUCGGACUAUUUUGUUCAUGCUUAAACAAAACCAUAGUCUCCGUGGUUUUCUGCCGUCGACAUCAAUGUGUUCUCUUUCGCCCAUUUCAGUCGAAGAUGCACCAAAAACAAAACCUUUUUCAGAAAUCCCAGGUCCGCUCCGUCUUCCAGUUUUCGGAACAACUUGGACGUUCUUCGUGGGAACGAAAGGUCAGCCCCUUGGAAAGCGAUUUUAUGAAAUCCAAGCAGAAAAUGUCAAGAAAUAUGGGAAAGUAUUCCGCAACAAACUACCAGGCAUCGAAAUUAUCAGUUUAUCCGAUCCUGCCGACGUUGCAAAGUUACUUCGAUCGGAUCCCAAAUAUCCAGAAAGACUGGACUUUCCGGCUUUAAAUUUCUACCGGGAAAAAAGGAAGAAAAUUCCUGGUGUUUUCUUUGCCGAUGGUGAAGAAUGGUACAAGCUACGAAGCGUCCUGAGUAGAAGAAUGCUUCGACCGAAAGAAGUCGCCGACUAUACUCCGAGUUUCAAUGAAAUUAUCGGCGAUUUUAUUCACCGAUUACGAUCAGUUCGAGAGCCUAGUGGGUCAGAGAAAGAAAACGAAGUUUGUGAACUCGAUAAUGAACUUUUCAAAUGGUCCUUUGAGUCUGUGGCGGAGGUGUUGUUUGACAAAAGGUUUGGUUGUCUUGAAGAGGAAAUCAAUGAAGAGGCACAGACCUUCAUAAAAGCCGUCGGAGAUUUUCUGGCGAAUGCGGUGGAGGUCGGUUUUUUGCCAAAUUGGUUUUACAAGAUCUACGAGACCCAGAAAUUUAAAAAGUUUUUUGAUAAUUUUGACACGAUGUACGACUACGCCGAACUAUUUAUCGGGAGAAGAAUCAAGGAACUGGAGGAGAAGUCAUGCAAGCCAUCAAAGGAAACAGAGCGUGACCGAGCUGGCUUCUUCGAGUUCCUCCUGGCCAGCGGAAAGCUGACGAAGGAUGACCUGUUGGCGAGCGUAAUCGAUGUUCUGUUUGCCGGAGUUGACACUACGUCCAACACGAUGCAAUGGGUUCUUUACAUGUUGGCCAGAAAUCCUGAGAAACAGAAGAUUCUUCGACGGGAAGUGCUCUCAGUGGUAGGAAAUUCUACCUUUGCAACGCCGGAAACGCUCGCUCGUAUGCCAUACCUAAAGGCCUGGUUACGAGAGACCCUCCGCCUAUACCCUGUUCUCUCCGCUAUCCCGCGAAGACCGAAAGAAGACAUAAUAUUAGGGGGCUACCAUAUCCCUGGGGGCACUGCUCAAGUUGAGUUCCUUGUUCACCAAAUGGGGCGAGAUGAGAGUAUUUUUGAAGAUGCCGAAGCGUUUAAACCGGAGAGAUGGUUGCGAAACAAAGAUAUCACUUUGAUCGAAUCAGCAGAAGCUUUCGCUUCUCUUCCAUUUGGAUUCGGAACACGUAUGUGCCUCGGUCGACGUAUUGCCGAGUUAGAGCUUCAUCUGCUGAUGGCCAGAAUCGUGCAGCAGUUUGACAUCUCUUACCCACUGGAGGCAGAGAAUGUGGAGCCGUUCAUGAGAGGGGUCACCAUUCCUGACAGACCUGUUAGAGUGCAGUUUGUUGACAGAAAAUGAGUCAGGUUUACAUGUUGCCACGUUUACACUGCAUUGUAACACUGUUUUGAGCUGAAAGUGGGACAAAUUCUGAUGACAAUUGCAACUCGUUUAAAUAAUCCACACUUAUUCGAUCGAAGGUGUUCAAUAAGUCACAUUUUAUAAGCCAGCUUGAACCAUUUCAGUGAUUCUCUGCCAAUCACUUUACAUUUUAUUUCUCUUUAGAAUUAUUCAGUGGUGUUACUUGAAGGUCACGUCUUCUCGUUAACAAUUUUUUUCAUUUUUAUCAAAAGUUCGCUCGGUAAUAUAUUUGAUUCGGUGUUCUGAAAUACUGGAAAAGUUAUCUUGCUGAACUGCAUAUAUAUACAUAUAUAUGUGUGUGUGUAUAUAAAUGCAGGCUUUUACAACGUAGGGAUGUCGCAAUUCAAAGUUCUCACAAGGACAUCGAUGCACUAAAUUUGACAUCAGACACGUAUAACCGUGAUUCCAAUAUGAUUUAUUGCAGAGUAAUAAUCUGAUGUCAAACACGUCAAACUAAAAUACAAGCAAAAAACACCUAAUCGAAGGAACAUUACACGGAGUUAAGCUAAAACAAUAAUUAUUACACAACAAUACAAGAAAAGACGAGCGCACAAAAACCUAACAAUGAUCGAUCAAAUAAUAAAACGAAAUCAACAAGGGAAGAGAAAAAUACGUUUACCGAUUGUCCUCUCUGUACGCCUGAAUAGAAGUUGCAAAUGAACGCAGUAAUGAACUUCGCAGAUAACUCUCUCGCAUUAACUCUCUCUCUCAAGCAACAACGCGCGAGGUACUGUAAUAGCCCUUUUGAUCUUACGCGUCACUAAUGUCUAACAAACCUAAUCUUUAACUUAACAACAGUUACAAUGUGUAUAUAUUUGUGUAUUUCAAAUACAUUUCAACGAUAUUAGGAACUAUUUUUCUCGCAUGCAAAUUUUUGUCGUAUACAAAUUUAUUUGGUAUUCUUUCGGUUUUCAUUGAAUAUUUAUUGUCUUAUAACUCAUAGAUAUGGCACAAUAGUAGCAGACGAAAAAUCUGUUGAGUUUUUUUAGUCAACAAAAUGCAAUCCCCUACAUAAAUUUUCCUUUGAUAAUAAAGUAACCUUUUCCAGGCGUUCAGUUGAUAAAACGGAGUGAAAUAGUCGCGGCAGAGGGAAAAUGAAGGAUAUUGAGUGUACAAAAGUAUCUAUAAGCAUACAAGAGUCUGUGUGAGGAUACAACAGUAUCUACACAUAGGGGUAUCAAUUAACCCUUUACACACUAAGAUCAGUAUGCAUAUUCUC